ACUCAGUCAAACAACCGUCUGUCAGUAGCGCGCGCAUUGACGGUUCGCGCGCUCGCUUCUGCGCAAGCGCAACAAACUAUGCCAUAACGUCUUAACUUUCUUGCAAUUAAAUACAUUAGCGUUUUUUAAAUAGUUUCGAACAAUAGUGAAAGUUCAUACACUUUAAUGUAUUUUCUUUUGCUUGUACUUUAAAGCUAAAUACUUUAGGAACGUGCGCAAUGGACACCAAAACACCCGAGAAACUCCCGUAUCCGAAGGCUGUUGGAUUUAUAGUCACGAAUGAGUUCUGCGAAAGAUUUUCAUACUAUGGAAUGCGAACAAUCCUCUCGCUGUACCUGCGAGACAAGCUGGGAUACAGCGACAACGGCGCGACAGUCAUCUACCACACGUUCACCAUGUUCGCCUACUUCUUCCCUCUCAUCGGAGCCAUGAUCGCCGACGGAUGGCUCGGCCGGUUUAGAACAAUCCUGUAUUUGUCGCUAGUGUACGCGGCCGGCAGCGUACUAAUAUCAGUGACGGCCAUGCCACCAGUGCCAUUCCCACAACUGCCGUUCACAAUAAUAGCGUUGCUACUAAUAGCAUUUGGUACGGGGGGUAUAAAACCUUGUGUGUCGGCGUUUGGCGGGGACCAGUUCAAGUUACCAGAACAGGAGAAAUACCUGGGUUACUUCUUCUCUCUCUUCUACUUCGCCAUCAACGCUGGCAGUCUCAUCUCUACGUUCCUAACACCCGUGUUGAGGUCAGACGUUCAUUGCUUCGGAGAUGACGACUGCUAUCCACUGGCGUUCGGCGUGCCCGGCGUACUAAUGGUGGUGUCUAUAAUUUUCUUCAUCGCUGGAAGAAAGCUGUAUGUGGUAAAGAACCCAGCUGGGAAUGUUCUUGGGAAAGUUGCAUCGUGCAUCGGGCACGCUUCGCUGAAGUCCUGCAAAACAAAGGACAAACGCGAACAUUGGUUGGAUCAUGCCGAUGACAAGUAUGACAAGGGCCUGAUUGAAGAUAUCAAGGGACUGCUCAGGGUCCUUGUGCUUUUCAUACCUCUGCCAGUGUUCUGGGCGCUGUUCGACCAACAGGGGUCUAGAUGGACCUUCCAGGCCGACAGAAUGGAACAAGACAUCGGCAGUUGGACACUGAAGGCAGAUCAAAUGCAAGUGCUCAACCCAUUGCUCAUUCUCAUAUUCAUUCCUCUGUUUGAAGUGGCAAUUUAUCCUUUCUUAUCAUGGUGUAAACUGGUAAGAAAACCAUUGCAUAAAAUGGUGUGGGGCGGUAUUUUAGCUGCCUGCGCGUUCAUCAUCUCGGGCAUAGUAGAGUUACAAUUAUUGCCAACCUACGGUACGCCGGUAUCAGAAGGCCUGGCCCAGCUGAGAGUGUACAACGGAUAUCCAUGCAACUUCACAUUAAAAAUGGCCGACACGAUGGAUAACAAUAUCAGUAUUAUAAUCGGACCCUUGGGUGCGUACGAAAAGUUAGACAUAGUGACCGAGAACGAGAAACAAUUGUCAUACUCGCUAGAAGGAGCACCGAACACAGAAUGUUCAAAUAUGGCAUUCAGCUCCUACUUCCACUUAAAGGAAAAGACUGCAAAUUCCUAUUUCAUUUUACACGAGCGAGUACAAAGCUUCGUCGAUAAUAAUGACAAGGCUAUUGAUGGAGUCAAUGUUAGAUUUUUAUCCAAUAUUCCAAAGGUAGCUAAUAUAACCAUAGAAGAUGUGAAGAAAAAUAGAAUAAAAUUAAAUAUUACAAGUGACGAUUUUAAUCAGAAAAAGAUUGAGAGAGGAACAUAUGAUGUUAUUAUCGACAAUCAAACUGUUAUUAGAGAUUUUGCUUUCAAACUGGGAGCUGUUUACACGAUUAAUGUACAUAAAGACAAUGAACAAACAUACCAUGCAAACCCGGUGAUGAUAACGCCGGCAAAUAGCGUCCACAUACUGUGGUUGAUUCCGCAGUACGUGGUGAUUACAAUGGGUGAAGUGAUGUUCUCAGUCACCGGCUUGGAGUUCUCCUUCACCCAGGCCCCGGCCAGCAUGAAGUCCGUCCUGCAGUCCGUGUGGCUGCUCACCGUGGCCUUCGGAAACCUCAUCGUCGUCCUCAUCGUCGAAGGAAACUUCUUGGAUGCGCAGUGGAAGGAAUUCUUCCUGUUCGCGGGGUUGAUGCUGAUCGACAUGUUGAUCUUCAUGCUGAUGGCGUUCCGGUACAAGUAUGUGGAGCUCCGGUCCAGCACCGAAGACCUCGCAGUGGAAGAAAUCAAGUUACCAGAGAAACUCCCGCAAGCCGACAACUAGCCCAGUAUCAAUAAUUUUAUUAUUAUAAAUUAAACGUUUUGGUUACAA